UGCUGAGAGGCAGGGACCCGAGCGCGAAGUGUGUGGGAGUCUGCGAACUCAACCCCUCACUACCCUCCCCUCGCAGCCAUCCCCCUCCCUUCCCGCCAGCCCCCCCCAACAAGCGGGAGAAAUAAUGAGCGAGACCGGGCGGCAGCAGCAGCAGCGCCGAGCAGCCCAGGCAACGGCAGAACCGCUCCGGCAGCGGCGGCGGCGGCAGCACCAGCAGCGGGAGCGAGCGCAGCGCUAGCGCGGCGCGGGGACCGCCGCGCUCCUUCCCGGCUCCUGCCCUCCUCCGCCGCUCGCUCCUCUCUCCGCAUCCACCUCCUUCCCCUCCUCCUGCUCAUUCACUCUUUCCCUUACUCUCCCCUCCUACUCGGCUUCUCCCCGCGCCCCGCCAGCCCUCGCGCUCUCCCACUCCCUCUGCCCGUCCUCCCCGCUCCCCUCCUCCCGCUCAUUCACUCGCCCCUCUCCCUUCUCCACUCUCUCCCCCUCUCUCCUUUCUUCUCCUUCUUUCACCCUCCGUCUCUCACACCCCCUCCAUUCCCCUGUCUCCUUUCUGACACUGCACUGCAGCUGCUUCUCAGCCCUGCCCCCUCCCCAGUGAGAACAAACCAGCAACAUUGCUUUUUUUUCUUAAAGAGAUUUCUAUUGAUCCGAUUAAAAAAAACAAAAACAAAACAACCUUAAGAAACCCCAAAAGCAAAAAAAAAAAAAAAAAAAAAAAAAAGAAAAAAAAGAAAAAAAAAGAAAAAAAAAGACAAGAAAAAGCCAAAACAAAAGGGAGAACCUUCUCCCCCUAGAAGCGGCAGGAACUGCAAACAUGAUGGCGGCAGCUCCCAUCCAGCAGAACGGGACCCACACUGGGGUUCCCAUAGACCUGGACCCGCCGGACUCGCGGAAAAGGCCGCUGGAAGCCCCCCCUGAAGCCGGCAGCACCAAGAGGACCAAUACGGGCGAAGACGGCCAGUAUUUUCUAAAGGUUCUCAUACCUAGUUAUGCUGCUGGAUCUAUAAUUGGGAAGGGAGGACAGACAAUUGUUCAGUUGCAAAAAGAAACUGGAGCCACCAUCAAGCUGUCUAAGUCCAAAGAUUUUUAUCCAGGUACUACUGAACGAGUGUGCUUGAUCCAGGGAACAGUUGAAGCACUGAAUGCAGUUCAUGGAUUCAUUGCAGAAAAAAUUCGAGAAAUGCCCCAGAAUGUGGCCAAGACAGAACCAGUCAGCAUUCUACAACCCCAGACCACCGUUAACCCAGAUCGCAUCAAACAAACAUUGCCAUCUUCCCCAACUACCACCAAGUCCUCUCCAUCUGAUCCCAUGACCACCUCCAGAGCUAAUCAGGUAAAGAUUAUAGUUCCCAACAGCACAGCAGGUCUGAUAAUAGGGAAGGGAGGUGCUACUGUGAAGGCUAUAAUGGAGCAGUCAGGGGCUUGGGUGCAGCUUUCCCAGAAACCCGAUGGGAUCAACCUGCAAGAGAGGGUUGUCACUGUGAGUGGAGAACCUGAACAAAACCGAAAAGCUGUUGAACUUAUCAUCCAGAAGAUACAAGAGGAUCCACAGAGUGGCAGCUGUCUCAAUAUCAGUUAUGCCAAUGUUACAGGUCCAGUGGCAAAUUCCAAUCCAACCGGAUCUCCUUAUGCAAACACUGCUGAAGUGUUACCAACCGCUGCAGCAGCCGCAGGGCUAUUAGGACAUGCUAACCUUGCUGGCGUUGCAGCCUUUCCAGCAGUUUUAUCUGGCUUCACAGGCAAUGACCUGGUGGCCAUCACCUCUGCACUUAAUACAUUAGCCAGCUAUGGAUAUAAUCUCAACACAUUAGGUUUAGGUCUCAGUCAAGCAGCAGCAACGGGGGCUUUGGCUGCAGCAGCUGCCAGUGCCAACCCAGCAGCAGCAGCAGCCAAUCUGUUGGCCACCUAUGCCAGUGAAGCCUCAGCCAGUGGCAGCGCAGCUGGCGGUACGGCGGGGACAUUUGCAUUAGGUAGCCUGGCUGCUGCUACUGCUGCAACCAAUGGAUAUUUUGGAGCUGCUUCUCCCCUAGCUGCCAGUGCCAUUCUAGGAACAGAAAAAUCCACAGAUGGAUCAAAGGAUGUAGUUGAAAUAGCAGUGCCAGAAAACUUAGUUGGUGCAAUACUUGGCAAAGGAGGGAAAACAUUAGUGGAAUACCAGGAGUUGACUGGUGCAAGGAUACAGAUCUCCAAAAAGGGAGAAUUCGUACCUGGCACAAGGAAUCGGAAGGUAACCAUUACUGGAACACCAGCUGCAACACAGGCUGCUCAGUAUUUAAUUACACAAAGGAUCACAUAUGAGCAAGGAGUUCGGGCUGCCAAUCCUCAGAAAGUGGGUUGAGUGCCCCAAUUACACAUCAGAUUGUUUUAACCCCUCCUUUACCCCAUUUUCAAGAAGGAUGUACUGUACUUUGCAGAAGUGAAGUUUUUCUGUUAUUAAUAUAUAAUUAUGCAAAUGAAUGCGACUAUGUUGACAAUGUGUAUAUGUAAAUAAUAUGUGUUUUAC